AUGGCAUAUCCUCAAAAGUCAUAUCUCCAAACCACCUUCACCACCCCAGGUUUCAUUAGUCGAAGACGAGAAGUCGUGUAUUCAACAACACUAUUAUACCAGCUGGAAGUUUUGAAAACGACAGGAAGAUACGAUGCAUUUAAAUUAAAAUGGCAUGCAUCAUACAACGAUGAACCGGAUGUUUGGCCAGUGCCCAACCAUUUAUUUUGGGAUUCGGAUGUUGCGAAAUGGAUAGAGGGAGCUUGUUAUUUCUUACAGUAUAAGGAAAAUCAGGAGAUUGACAGUGCGGUCAAAGAGUUGGUAGAUAUGGUUAGAUCUGCCCAACAAGAUGAUGGAUAUUUGAAUAUUCAUUUCACCGUGGUGGAGCCUGGAAAGCGAUUCACGAAUCUAAGGGAUCUACAUGAAUUAUACAAUGCUGGUCAUUUGAUCGAGGCAGCGCUUGCACAUAAUCAAUAUUAUGGGAAUGAUCUCUUACUAGAACCAAUUCUGAAAUAUGUAGAUUUAUUAUCUUUCACAUUUGGACCAAAUCCAGAACAAAAGCAUGGAUAUCCUGGACAUCCCGAGAUUGAACUUGCUCUUCUGCGAUUGUAUGAAAAGACUAGAGAUCCCAAGCAUCUGGAAUUGGCAAGAUAUUUCAUCGACGAGAGGGGAAAUCCAAAGGGGCAAGAUGGGCGGCAUUAUUAUGAUGUGGAGGCGGAAGUAAGAGGGGACCGACCAGAUGAAAUGCCAAAAUACUUUCCUGAAAAGCGAAGUUAUUGGUAUCAACAAGCGCACAAACCAGUAGUUGAGCAAGAAACCAUUGAAGGCCAUGCCGUCCGAGCAAUGUACUUAUUAACAGCUGUCUCUGAUCUCGUACGAGUUGAUAAAUCAGAAGACACCGAAACAAAAAGAACCGCAGUGGAACGACUAUGGAAUAACAUGGUGCAAAAGAAAAUGUACUUAACGGGAGGCAUUGGAGCCAUAAAGCAAUGGGAAGGUUUCGGAAUCGAUUAUUUUCUACCUUCAGGUACUGACGAAGGAGGAUGUUAUUCCGAGACUUGUGCAUCUAUAGGAGUCAUGAUGCUCGCCGAAAGACUUUUGCAGCUUGAUUUGGAUGGCAAAUAUGCGGAUAUCAUGGAAUUGUGUUUCUACAACGCGGUCUCUACUGGUAUGUCAGAAGAUGGAAGAAAAUUCACAUAUGUAAAUCAACUUGCAUCGAGCGAUACAGAUUUAUCCCGACGAGCAGAGUGGUUUACAUGCGCUUGCUGUCCACCUAAUGUUGCCAGACUUCUUGGAUAUAUUGGAGGUUAUCUCUGGACUUCCUCUAGUGACGAAAAAAACAAUACCGUAGAAGUAAAUGUCCACACGUAUACUUCCGCAGUAUUGAAUAUUCCGGUAGGGACUCACGCGGUGCAGGUUGAACAAAAGACACAUUGGCCAUGGGAUGGGAAAAUUCAAUUCGAGCUUAAGAGCCCUGAAGCAAUAUCAACAACAAUCAGAUUAAGAAUACCGGGUUGGGCGGAAGAAUGGACUAUAUCUCCCGAAUUCGAACGAUAUGGCUCAAAAGUAACGAAAGGGUACUUAACCCUCUCCCCGGAAUAUUUGAAAACGAACCUGUCUUUCCAACUCAACAUCACUCUGAAACCGCGAUUUAUAUCACCACAUCCCUACACAAACCAAAACAUCGUAGCGCUAGCUCGUGGUCCUAUAAUCUACUGCGUGGAGGAUUUCGAUAACCCAUGGGUAGAAGAUCACUUCAAGGCAAGAAAAUCCUCUAAAUCAUUCUCUAUGAAUCCCAUGCUGACCAGCAUUCAGAGUCUCGUUCUAGAUACAGAGAGUGAUAUAACAGAAAUCGAAGUUGACUCUGCUGAACCAUAUAAGGAGUUGACGGUCCGCGAUGGUGCUACACUGCUUCAAGUCCCAGAAUCGUCAGGACCAUAUUUAGCCCACAACGAGGAAAAUUUUGCCAAGGUUGAUAUUCAAAGGCUUCACUUUAUUCCAUAUGCUCUUCGAGAUAACAGAGGAGGAAAAGGACAUAUGAGGAAAAAUCCUCGGGUACAAACUGCUCCCGAAAUGUCAACUACAAACGUAGCAAUGCCUAGGAGUUCCCUGGAACCUCGCACUUACACCGAAAAAGAGGUGCAGGGCUUCGUAGGCAAUGUGUUAGACAUGGCAGUACAGCUUCUAGAAGGGAAGAGGAAGAGAGAGGGGCCGAGAGAGGUUUCUGAAAACAACUCGGGAAGCGGGGCAGAAAGUGAUAGUCUUCAGAGUGGCCCGGCCUCGGCCUGCGAAAAGAGAGCACUCGAUACCGACCAAAAUAUAAUUUGCAACACCCCAGCCAUUACCGCGGAACCUCGGCCAACGAUCAACCGAAGUCUUCCUUCUAAUAAUGUAUCCCAAAAGAAGAGAGGCAGCCGCCAAAAUACGCGGGUUAAGUCACAAGACUUGUAUGUGGCUCGAAGACUGCAACGAGAUACUCCAUUAGCGUCUUGGAUGGAGCACAAUAACAUCGUACAUGGUAAAGUUCGAGAUUGGCACACUAGGCCCAUUCUCUUCAACCCACGUGUUCCGUCUCCACGAGAUAACAAACUCCCAACCCGUCGGUUCUAUGGGGAUCUUGCAUGUGCUGUAAUGAGUACCGAGUACAUAUCCGCUAAGAUAAUGCACCAUCUCAAGGCUCCCGCUGACUACGACUCGCACGGGAAAUUGCUCUCUACGCGAGUUUCCGUUGGCUUACCGGCGAUGAACGCGGCCGGUCAAAUACUCUUGGUUGACGGAAAACCAAUGCUUGGCUUCCUAAGAGAUAUAGCUGAGCAGUUCCCUCGUUACGAUCAGAUCGAAGCUACAGCAAAGGCUGCCGUCUGUGGAAAAGAUGCCGCUUGGUACGAACAAAAAUUCCGGGCUACAAAUGCUAGACACUUGUCGCGCUCCAGCACUGGCAAUCAAAAUGGACCCGGAGCCGGCCAACUAACCCGUGGUUUCUCUCUCAACCCUGGCCCAGGACGCGAACCACAUACUGAACCAGUCAAUGUGUUUUCUUUCCCUUCUCCAAGAAACGCUGUACCUACCAAAUCAAUCUGUGAUUUCUCUUCCGCUUUACCUCAUGCUCCUAGAAGUCAGACACUCCCCCAACCAGCUUCUGUCCACGGUCCCACGAUGCGACAAAGUAUACCAAAAUUGCCCGUCUCAGAAGACGCUUCAAGAAUUCGGUCUAGCGACGUCGAAGCCGAAAACCUGGUCCGAGAAGGUGAAACAAUUCUGGCCCAAAUAAAAAGAUCUCUAGCUCUUCGCGAAGCCAAGGAAAAGCGCGCUGGAAAUCUGUCUUCGCUCUAG